AUGGAGCAGCUGCGAGGGGGCGCGGCGGCCCCCGGCACCGGGCUCCGGUCCCGGCUCCGGCCGCUCCGCCCCGCUCCGCGCCGCGCCCGCGGCGGAGGCAGCCUUUCACCUCGCCGGCAUCAAUCACAGCCGUCCCGGGAGCGCGCAGCGGCUCCGGCGGCAGCGCGGCCCCGCGCGGGCCCGCUCCCCAGCCUGAAGGGCGCUGAAGGGACCUCGUCGCUGUGGGACGAAGGACGUGGCCAGCGGAGCCGGACGUCAAACACCGUGAGCAUCUCUGCGUUCGGGGCCCUGGCGGCCGGCAGGCGCUGGCGAGUGGCCCCGUCGUGCUGGCCGGCAGUGACACGGGGACAGCGUGGCUUCGUGGGCUUCCAGGGGACUGUCACCACAAGGACUCCCUGGAAAUGGGCACUGCUGCAACGAAUGCCUCGUUCGGCUGACGCUUCCUGCACGACUGAGCUUCAGGAGCGGACCAGGAGCAGGAAGAAAGGGAGAACAACACCAUUGAAAGUUUCAGGGAAGUCUGAGGGGAAUUACGGAGCGCUGGUGAGACGGCCCGGUCGCUCCGUGGCAGUGAGACCCCCGCGCUCUCGCCUCACAUCAGGACGUGCAGCCUCAGCCGGGCUCCAGCCUCACAGGGACACGCAGCCUGGCUGAGGGAUGGCCUGGUGGAACACCGGUGUGCGCUCUGGGACCCGAGUGCCCAGGCCCGGAGCUGCCGGUGGGGCUGGAGGGGAGCUGGGAGCUGCAGCCCUGAGUCGCGGAUGUCCGGGCGGGGCUGGCGCUGCCCGGGGGCCGGGCACCAGCGCCGGGCUUGUGCCUCGCUCUCCCUUUGGGGACCUCGUGUGAGACUGGCCGGGAGGACAAGGACACGCCAGCCCUCUUUCCUCUGGAAAGCGCCCGCCAGAGUGGCAGCACCCUCUCGGAUCCCGGAGAUGGCACCGGCGUGGCUGUCCGUGUGCAGCGUGUGUCGCUGAGGUGGGGACGGGCGGUGGCUGCUCGGGGGCCUGGCACUGCCCCCUGCACCCCUGGGCCCCGGCAGGGGACCCAGCCCCUGACACACAGCGUCUCCUUUGGUAUCAGCACCUCCUUGUCGGUCUGAAACUUUCGGUCGGUUGAAGAGGCAACAAAUCUCUUCCCUCCCAAAGCUCUCUCCAGAAACACGAAGCAGGUUAGGCAGGGGGUGUGAGCAGUGGAAGUGUGUCCCUGUAGGGAAGGGCCCGAUGCAGGAGCUGCACCGGUGCUGCAGGAGCUGCGCUGGUGCUGCAGGAGCUGCACUGGUGCUGCGGGAGCCUCUUUAAGGUGCCCCACAAACGCAGCCCUGCCGUGCCCACCGAGCCCUGCCAGGAGGGCGUUGGAGGGAGCUGCUGGCCAGGGGCACAGCACUGACCCUGCCUGCCUUGGCUGGCUGCUGCCCUCGGCACUGCCCACCACGCUGCCAGUG